AUGCAGUUUGGCAAGGCCAUCGGGACGGCAUGCAGCUCCUUCGCCAUCACCAACAUCGACGACAUCUUCGUCCUCGUCACCUUCAUGGCCGAGGCGUCCACCACCAAAGUCCUCACGCCCUUCAAAGUCACCAUUGGCCAAUAUGUCGGCUUCACCGUCAUCAUCGCCGUAAGCAUGAUUGGCUUUGGCAUCUCGCUCGUGCUCCCCUCGGAGCCUAUUGGAUUCCUCGGCCUGCUCCCAAUCCUCCUGGGGCUAUGGAACGUGCUUGGUCUUUUCUUCCCCGACCAUGAAGAAGAAUCCGAGGGCUCGAGAAUCGCGUCCAUGAAGAGCAUCUUCAAAGUGGCUCUGGUGACGGUCAUGAAUGGCGGCGAUAACAUCAGCACGUACAUACCCCUGUUCUCGCAAACAAAGGGGGCAGAAAUCGCCGUGUAUGUUGUCGUGUAUUACAUCCUGGUUGGAGUGUGGUGUCUCGUCGCGUUCCUAGUCAUGAGACAGAAGCAUGUUUUGAGAGUGGCGGAGAAGUACGCCCAUUACGUGGUGCCGUUCUUGUACGUGGGACUCGGCAUAUACAUCAUUGUCAAGUCGAAUUGCUAUCCGUGGACGAUUCGCCGCAUUGAUGCCGAGAGGGGAGGGCAUCCGGGGAGCAUCAUCAUGGGCGUGGUGACGACGGGGCUGUUGCUGAUGUGCAUUGCGGCCAUGCUUUGGGCGAGGAUGCGAAAGAAGAGACGGUCGACGGCCGUGGACGCGGCAGGGACGGUGCUUGAGGAGGUGCCGGCUCCCUCGGCGCGGCAGUCAACGGAAUCACAGCAGGCCCGUGAAGCUGCUGAGGCGGCUGGAGAGAAGAAGAGUGAUGCGACGCCGAAUGUGCAACGGCACGAUACGCCGCAAGCAGGAGCCUCGGCAACGACUUGA